ACUCUCCGCAGCUCUCUUCAGUACGCCAGGAUUCUUCUUCCCCUCUUCAUCAUGUCUUGUGCUUUAUCUAAACUCAGGUCUGGAUUAGAGACAUGAUCAGAUCCGGACUGGGCAGAUCCCAAUCAUCAUCAUGCGCACAUUUCUUGGGAUGUGAUAUCUGGAUAAUCACUAACUGACAGGAAAAGGAUUCAGUGCAAUGGAGAAGAGUGAGUCUGGUGGAUUGUGUACGGAGAAGCAGGCUGUGAGGAGAAAGAUCCGAACCUCAUUAUACAGUAGAUAAAAACACUGAGGUGGCGAUCAGAGCGACGUGAUGUCUGAUAACUCGUCCCUGCUGCGCGUGUCUAACGCAUCUCUGCUGCCUCCGCUGGUGGACUGGACUCCGCCCACCUUCACCCCUGCGGCUCAGGCUCGAGUGGCGGCCACCAUGGUCCUCUUCGUCUUCGCCGCCAUCAGUAACCUGGCGCUCCUCAUCAGCGUGUCGCGUGGCCGUGGCCGGCGUCUGGCGUCUCAUCUGCGUCCGCUCAUCCUCAGCCUGGCGUCAGCCGACCUGAUGAUGACGUUUGUGGUGAUGCCGCUGGACAUGGUGUGGAACGUGACGGUGCAGUGGUACGCCGGCGACGGACUCUGUAAGCUGCUGUGCUUUCUGAAGCUCUUCGCUAUGCAAACCUCCGCCUUCAUCCUGGUGGUCAUCAGUCUGGACCGCCAUCACGCCAUCCUGCGGCCGCUGGACUCACUCAAUGCCCACCGCAGGAACAGGAGGAUGCUACUGACGGCCUGGAUCCUCAGCGCACUGAUCGCAUCGCCACAGCUGUUCAUCUUCCGGACGGUCAAAGCGGAGAGCGAGGACUUCACUCAGUGCGUCACGCACGGCAGUUUCCACGAGCGCUGGCAGGAGACGGCGUACAACAUGUUUCAUUUCGUGACGCUGUACGUGAUUCCCCUGCUGGUCAUGAGCUGCUGUUACACCUGCAUCCUCAUCGAGAUCAACCGACAGCUGCACAAGAGCCAAGAGGGCGAGUCUCUCCGACGCAGCGGCACAGACAUGAUCCCGAAGGCCAGGAUGAAGACGCUGAAGAUGACCGUCAUCAUCGUCAUGUCGUUCGUGGUCUGCUGGACGCCCUACUACCUGCUGGGCAUCUGGUACUGGUUCCAGCCGGACAUGGUAAAGGUCACGCCCGAGUACAUCCAUCACCUGCUGUUCGUCUUUGGGAACCUGAACACCUGCUGUGACCCGGUGAUCUACGGCCUGUUCACGCCCUCCUUCCGCGCCGACCUCGCCCGCUGCUGCCGCUGCCGCCCGCCCGCAGACUCGCCCCGCUCUCUGGACCGGCUCUCAGCCCGACACGAGUCCGACCCGCCGAAGGCCACGUAAACUACAUCUUUACUAAACUUGGCAUGAAAGGAUAGUUGCGCUGGUCUUUUCUUCUCUAUUGUGCCGUAUAUCCGAGUGAAACGCUUCGCAAACAAGAACAAAUGUAGGGCGGGGCUUGAUUUUGACAGUUUGCCCCACCCUCGUCAUCAGAGAAGAGAAGCUGCAAGAGGGAGAAGUUAUUCUGAUUCAAGAUUAAACAUGAGUUUAACACAAUAAUGAUGUAAAUCAUUUAUAAUAAAUCAAUGUUGACUGCGAUGGAGCGACUCUAUCAGAACACACUUCUUCUGAGCGCUUCAUAACAAACCUUCGAUCUCUGACCCGGCGCCGCAGGUUUCAUAAAGAACUCUAAUGAAAAGAGCUCAGAGCAGAUUUGCAGUUUUAGAAUAACUUCACAGAUUUCACAGCGUGGAUUUGUUAUUAAAGAGUCAGCUGGACGCGCUGAAACGUGUCAAAAACGUUCUGUUCAUGUUCAGACUGGUGAUCUGUGUCCGUUUGUGUUCAGUUUGACCGUAAUUAUUGUUUGCAGUAAAACUCUGUUUAGGCAUUUUGCAUGAAGACCUUGAUCCACUUUGCAGCUCAUUCUGACCCAGAAUCACAAAAAGUGCUGUUGAUCCUCAGUCUUGUUUUCCAGCACAAACAUCUAAACAUUCUUAAAUCAAGAUACAUUUGCUGGAGAAGAGAAAUGACUGAAGAUAUUCAGUUUUGUAUUCUGAAAAAUGAGUUUGUGCUUAAAAUGAGAACAAAUAUCUGCCAGUGGGGUCAGAAAAAUAAUUGUAAUUCAAGGGAAAACGAUGAUUUUUCUUAAUUUUCUCAAAAAGCAAGUCUUCUGCAUGACAUGCACAUUUAGUUUACUGUGUUUAAUGGCUCGUUCAUGUUCAUAUUCUCACAACAUUGCAUUGCUAGAAUUAAUAUCAGCCAACUGGCGAUUGACAACAUUUCAUAUAUUCACCAACACCGAUUUUUACUCAGAUUUGGCGCUUGGCGAGUGUUAAUUUUAGGCCCUGAGAUCUAUCUAUCUAGUCUGGAGUACAUGAGGGAAAGAGGCGUGAGAUCCGCUGCUCCUCUCUGAAGGGAAGGAGAAUCAUGUUUAAUGGAUUGAGUAGUUAAAGUGACUGACUAAGAGCUUCUGAGAUCUCAAGAGAGCCAGUGACGUUCUUCAGAUCAUCGCUGCAGUGCGUCAGAGAUCCAGGUGAAACGCUGCGACAUUUCAGAGAAACGCAGAGGAACUACACUGCAAAAAA